UUUUUAGUCGCAACCCGGAGGUAUUUCUACAGCGGACACGAGCUGAGUUCCUUCAUAUUCUCUCUAAGCUUUUUCAAUACAUGUUUUAAUACAUUUAGUCGUCCUAACAAAGUCGCAUUCUUGCAAAGAUAAAGUGUGAUACAUGAAACUUUUUUAUUUUAUUUUGUAUCAAUGACGUUGUCAGUUUGUGGCAAAUUAAGGGCCGCCAAAGCGGAACCUCUGCGCUUUUAACGUUUUCAGACGGCAUGUUUGUGUGAAGGAACCGUGUGUUCCCCCAGCUGAUCGAUCUCGACAAAAAAGAAUAAGAAAAAGGUAACGCCUACCUGAUAGCUAGCUAAAUAAAACAUUUUUUUCAGUAGCUACGUUCCCCUGAAGUCGUUGGAUCCCAACAGAAGCUGCUACUGCUCGUGUGUGCUUUGCGACAGAUCAUGAGCAAAGACUCCCAGAUGAGGGCUGCAAUAAACCAGAAGCUCAUAGAAACGGGGGAACGGGAGCGGUUGAAGGAAUUGCUCCGAGCAAAGCUGGUGGAGUGCGGGUGGAAGGAUCAGCUGAAAGCACACUGUAAAGAUGUGAUCAAAGAAAAGGGUCUGGAGCACGUCACAGUGGAGGACCUGGUCACAGAAGUCACGCCGAAAGGCAGAGCACUGGUACCGGACAGCGUGAAGAAAGAGCUGCUGCAUAGAAUCCGAGCUUUUCUAGCUCAGCACGCCACCUUGUGAAUGGGACCGGUCGCCGUCUAGACAUUUCUUUUUCUUCUUUUUUUUACACUCACAAUUCAAAUCCAAAACUGUUGUUUGUUCUCAUUGUGAUCGACGCUCAAGUGGUGUUUUUUUUUUUGUUUUUUUUUUGAUUUUUGUAAUCAUGUGUAUUCAUAUUGAUUUUAGUUUGUUAUGUAGCAGUUUUGGAAAACAAAAACAAAUAAAGUCAUGCCUAUUUUUGGUCAUUGGGG